AUGCCAGGAAAACCUUUAACAGCCACUGGCUGCAAUUUACAUCUUCCAGCUUGGCGACACACAUGCUUGCUUCAAAACUUGUAUGUGAAUCCUCAGAAUUCUGCCAAAAGUGCAGAUGGCUCUCACUUGGUCGCAAACGUAUCGGACGAGGAAAUGCAAGAGCAUUAUGAUAACUUCUUUGAGGACGUCUUUGUCGAGUGCGAGGACAAGUAUGGCGAGAUCGAGGAGAUGAAUGUGUGCGACAAUCUCGGCGAUCACUUGGUGGGCAAUGUCUACAUCAAAUUUCGCAGAGAGGAAGACGCGGAAAGAGCUGUGAAUGACUUGAACAAUCGCUGGUUUGGCGGAAGACCAGUGUAUGCUGAACUUUCGCCAGUGACAGAUUUCAGAGAGGCCUGCUGUCGUCAAUACGAAAUGGGGGAAUGCACGCGUUCUGGAUUUUGCAAUUUUAUGCACCUGAAACCCAUCUCGCGUGAGCUGCGUCGCUACCUGUACAGUCGCAAGAAGAGCGGUAGGGGACGAUCCAGAUCGCGUUCGCGUUCACGCGGCCGUGAUCGCAAGCGCCGAUCGCGAUCACGUGAUAGACGAUCGAGAUCCAAAGACCGCCGGAAAAGGGACGACAAAGGUAGGGACGGCCGAUCUGGAAGAUACUAAUUGUGUAGAGAAUUAUGUUUAUACGGAUAUUCAUUCCAACCGAUCUGACAUGGAUUUAACGGGCAGAGUCGACACGAAGAACAAGUACUAUCCUCUUGCGUGCUUCGUGAACAAAAAAAAAUAUCUUUUUGUCCACGAAGCACGGAUGGCAUAUAUAUUUAUACGUGUAACCAAUAGAAUUAGUGCUCUUCAACGCUAUGUCAUGAGUUUUAUUACAAUUAUUAUAAUAAUUUAGCGAGCCGAAGUAAUCGAAGGAUUGUCUUUUUCGCGCAAUGAAAAAUGACAGACACAAAUAAAAUAUAAGCAUAGAAAUAUAUA